AUGAAUGUUUAUAAUAAUGAUGCCGACAUUUCGGAGCUGAAGGGAGGAGGCGGAGAGAUAGGAAAGGGAGAGGAAGUUGAGGGGAAGAAGCGUGCUCAGGCACUGAUGACUUGCGGCCGUAAGGCGGACACUAAGUCCGCGGGGCACCCUGCGAUGCAACCGGGAACCACCACCCCGGAAGCGUUGCAAGGCCCUGGCCUAGGCGCUUGCGCCAGCCGUCUCCGUAAGGGGACCGAUGAGGAGGGAGUUGACUCCGGGGAGCCGAUCCUUAGCGGCAAGGAUCGGCUACUCGAAGUCGAGAAAGGGCGUCGGCUGAGCGUAGUGUUAACGCGCUGCGACACGCCUGUCGCCGCGAGGCCUGCUAGCCGGGAGGAGGAGUCUAUGGACUCGGACGACGACUCCUCUUGCGCUAGCAUGAUAACAGUGGGGUCGGAGCUGUCGGGCGGAAGACGGUUCCUGAAAAGGAACCGGUCAGACCUCGAGGUGGAGGAUGACUCUGGCGACUCGGUUGUUCUGCCCCUUGAAGGGGUAGCUCACCGGUCUAAGAGAGGGAGAGGACGCCCGCCCUCCACCGGGAAGUAUGUGGGCCUGGCCGCAGCCAGGGCCGCAUAUAACCGGGAGCUUGCUGAGAGCCUCCGGCUCGUGGCCGAAGCGGAGGUCGCCGACGUGGCUCGAGGAGUGAGGGAGGCUAGGGCCACUCUACAGCCCAGCCUCCAAGUCGAGACACAAUCCGCAGAGGAGUCGGAUAAGACAAGUACCGCCCUGGCCGGUAUUGUCAAGGCUUCACUGGACACCAUCUUGAUGGUGGCCAGUAAGUCUUCCCAGUUGAAGGGGACCUACGUCCGGGCCCUGAAGGAUGCUGCGAAGGGAAUUGAGGAGGCGGUGUCCCUAUUUAGAGCCCGGACUACGUCUGAGGAAGUUGCUCGACUGGAGGCCGCCAAUGCUCAAUUGGCAAAAGAGGUCGCCGACCUGCGUCGCGACCUGCAGGAGAUGCGGAAGCAACCGGCUCAGUCCCAGGAGUCAAGUCUCCGAGAACUGCUGGAGGAGACGGCCCGCGCCAAUGCCGAGAUGUUUGGCAAUAUGCUAAACGCUCGGCUGGCCGGCAUCGAGGGCCGGCUCCUUCCUGAGCCGCGUAUGAGGCCUCCGCUGGCUGCGGACGCCAAAGCCGCCAGGGCAAACCCUGCUCCCAAAGAGCCAGUGGGGGCCCCGGCCGCUCCCACAAGCGGCAGUGCUCGCCCCAUGGCAGGGCCAGGCGCAAAGCCAAAGCCCGCCAAAGAGGCUCCCACGACCAGCCAGGCCUCUUCUGCUCCCCCUUCUUCGGGAAAGAAGGGGAAAAGCAAGAAGAAAAGCCUGGCUGCACAGGAGGCAGCAGAGGCACGGCGUCAGCCUGCCUCCGCACCGGAGGAGCUGCCCUGGACGGCAGUCGUCGGCCGAAAGGCCAAGGCCAAGGCGGCCAAAUUGGCGAAGGAGCCGCAAAAGGCCCAGCCCACGGCGCGCGCGAAAGUGAGGCUCCGCGCGCCGAAAACUGCAGCGGUGACGCUCACCCUGGUGCCAGGGGCGGAGGAGAGGGGUGUGACGUACGCGUCCAUCCUCUCCGACGCCAAGCAGCGUGUCCGUCUUGCGGACCUCAAGAUCGAUAGCUUGAGGUUCCGCAGGACUGCAACCGGAGCACGCAUGCUGGAGGUUGGGGGUGAGGCCUCAGCUGAAAAGGCGGACUCUCUAGCCAGUAAGCUUAGAGAGGUCCUGAGCGCAGAGGCAGUCCGAGUCGCCAGGCCCGUGAAGCGGGCGGAAAUCCGCGUCACGGGGCUGGACGAUUCGGCCGACGCGUUCGAGGUGGCGGAGGCAAUUGCGAAGGAGGGAGGGUGCCCCUCCGAAGCAAUUAAAUGUGGCAGGAUGGUAGUCGGUCCACGAGGAGACGGCUCCCUGUGGGUGAGUUGCCCUGUCACCGCUGCCAAGAAGGUGGCUGGCUCUGGCCGGAUCCAGGUGGGGUGGACCUCAGCAAGAGCGAGGCUCCUUAACCCUAGACCUAUGCGGUUCUGGUACCGUUUGCCGCCACGAAAACUGACCCGCAAAUAA